AUGGAAGGGUGUAUCGCUGAAUUAUCUUCGAAGCUCUCGACAGUCAACGAGACCAGCCAGUCCAUCGAAAAUUCGAUCGAAUUCGUCUCCACAAAAAUAGAAGGUAUGCAAGGAAAAAUCGACAAUUUCCAAAAAAAUAUUAUAGCAUUGUCGGCUCAACUUGUGGACCUCGAAGAGAAGCACGAAGCCCUAGACCGAGCCAUCCACAAAACAACUAUUGAAAUUAGAAACGUUCCCAAGCAAAGUCAACCUCCGUCCAAAGCCGAACUCUUCGCCUAUUUAACUCAGCUUGCGUCUAGUCUACAAAUUGACUUUUCAACUAGUGACAUUAGAGACGUGGCCCGCUUCACCAACAGAAAAGAUAACUCGACUUGGAACCUCACCCCAGAUAUUGUGACGGUAACUGGGGGGAAGAUAAAUGGAACGUGGAUGAAAAUCCAAGAUGGGACCGUUUACGCCAGUUUCCAGGGAAUACCGUACGCAGCGCCACCUGUCGGGAACAAACGAUUUGUCGGAACAACGAAAGUAUCAGAAUGGUCAGAUGUACUGGACGCAACUAAACCUGGGGCUUCGUGUAUGCAAUACGACCCAUUCCAGAAAAAAGUCACAGGGGAAGAAGAUUGUCUCUUCUUGAAUGUCUACACUCGGUCUUUGAACAGCACAAUGAAUUAUCCUGUUGUGGUAUACUUACAUGGCGGGGCAUUCUUCUUUGGGAGUGGCGCGAUCUAUGGUGCCAAGUGGCUGAUGGCCUGGAAAAUGGUGGUGGUUACUGUUAACUACAGAUUGGGACCUCUAGGUUUCCUAAGCACAGGAGACAUGGCGGUCCCAGGUAACGCUGGACUGAAAGAUCAAGCCUGUGCUUUGGACUGGGUGAAGCAGAAUAUAAGAAGUUUCGGUGGAAAUCCAGAUGAUAUCACACUCUUCGGAAACUCCGCUGGGGCAGCCUCUGUUCACUUCCAUUAUUUGUCACCAAGGUCACGAGGUAAAUUCCAACGGGGAAUAAUGUCCAGCGGUUCAGCCUUAGCGCCCUGGGCUUUGCAGACCAAACCUGAGAAGUACGCUAAAGCUAUGUCAGACAUCGUCGGGUGUCCCAUGAGUGAUAGCCAGGAAAUGGUUAACUGUUUACGCAACAAACCAGCAAAAGACCUAGUGGAAGCUCAGCGGGAUCUAAUGGGUUGGAGCGGUGCUCUAUUCACUCCAUUCAAACCGGUAGUUGAACCACCAACGUCGAAAGCCUUCAUAACCCGCCACCCAUACGACGCUACUGACGCGGGACGGUUCAUGAAGACCCCGUUAAUCAUCUCUAUUACUUCGGAAGAGGGUCUUUAUCCUGGAGCAUUUUUCCUGUCCGAUCCAUCGCUGCUGACAGAUUUAGAAGAAAAUUGGUCUGAACUGGCUGCUAGCAUCUUCAACUACCAAGACACCCUACCUGAGGAACGGAGACCCGAAGUGGCUGCUAAAAUCAAGAAAUUCUACUUUAAAGAUCAGCCUAUUAGUCGAAAAACGUUCCCGAAUUUAAUACGAGCCCUCAGUGACCGUAACUUCUUCAUGGACGUGGAUAAGUCAACUAAGCUAUUUUGCACUAAAAGCUCAAAGAACGUAUACAUGUACAGAUAUAGCUUCCACGGUGAGAAGAGCCUUUCAAACAUGAUGGGGAGGCAUGAUGAAGACUACGGUACCAGCCACUGCGAUGAUCUCUUCCACGUAUUCAAUCUACCAGGCUUUGACUUCACACGGUACGAAGACACAUCCAUGACGAAAUUCCUCACAUAUAUAGUUUAUUCGUUUUCUACUUUUGGAAUACCAUCGCUUCUCAACAACUCAGUCACGUGGGAGUCGAUAACUCCAAACAACCUACAAAAACUCGAUAUCUCAUCUCCGUUCGAUAUGAAAAUGGACCAUUUGCCCCCCAAUUUCGGGAACAGAUCGUUUUGGGAAAGCCUCGGCUUUAAUGAAGACGAACGGAGGCUUCUGUCAUAA